CUCGUACACCGAACCAAGGUCAAUACUCCAACACAGUCAUGCGCCAUCUUGUCAUUGCGUGCCACACGCUGCUCCUAAACAUCUUUGUUGUCGUGUUCACCGCUCUACAACUCGAUGGUGAUCUACGAAAUAACUCCAGAGCGAGUGUGACGCCCAACAGUAAUGGUGGCGUCGAUCCUGAACCUCGCCCGGAUGCAGGGCUCGCGGACAUCCGGCUGGUCAUGAUUGUGCAGCUCUGCUCCUAUUUGACGGAGCGCCAAUGCCGAGCUGUUCACUCCUAUUUAUCACCACUUUCUCAGUCUUCUCCGCAACAGCCAUCGCAGGUCUCAUCACAGCAGCUUUUUGAGACUCCCCAACACCAGGCGGGAAGUCUACCUGCAUCAUUGCCCAAUACGCACGCUACCAGUGCAGAGGUCAUUGAGCUCGAGAUGGAGGUCCGAUAUCGCAUUGUCCGUCUCCGACAAACGCUCCUCAUAUGAUGUUACGAAUUUCAUGAAUUGUUUUUACCGUAUAUAUAGUAUACGCACAUACAUACGUAAAUUUCUCUUUGAAUUAACGAGGCUUUUAAACGUUCUUUUAUUUUCCUCUGUCAUUUUGCCUUUUUCUCACAUUGGUUGGGGCUGGCGGCAAUGCAAGUCUUUUAUCACCAGGAAACGAAGCGGAGUUAGUGGCUAAAUUGUGUCUAUUGAUAUACAUAUAUAGACGUCAUAGGAAACAUCAGGGCUAUAGUACCAGACUCUUCUUCACUACACUGUUACAAGUAGCGCGCUGGAAGCAUCUCAAGGAUCAUACAUCCGGAUAAAUUCCUUUUCAAUCGAAUGUCAAAAU